CGCACCUCACAUCCGUUUGCUUCGAACGAGAAUGUUUGAUAAAAGUUGAUAAGAAUAGAAUGCGCCCAACGCCGCAAGAUCACUCGAGCGAGGACCUUUGAGUGUACGAUACGUGACGCCGCAGACCGUCUGAUUACUCGUGGCACUAAAAAUCUUGUCAGUUUAGUAUCUAAGCGAGUGGUAAUGGGUGUUCGGAGGGAAGUGUUGCAAGUGGUGUCGGGUUGGCAGGCCGUGGAGCUGGUGUUGAAGUGUCUGUUGCUGGGCGUGUGGCAGUUGGCGCAGAUGGCGGUCAAGCGGCUCUGGAAGGGGCACCGCAGAAAGGCGCUCAGAAACUCGCACGUAGAGGUCACCGUUGACUCCUCGAUCGGAAGACACUGCUACAUUAAGAUUAUGGGUGUGAAGUACCAUUAUAUAGAAACGGGCCCAAAGACAGGGCACAAAGUCUUAGUCCUCCCGGACGCACCAGAAACUGUGAACCUGUGGGGCCCGAACUGGUGCUACAUGGUGAAACAGCUGGCGGACACCGACCACCACGUCAUCACACUGGACCUGCGCGGCACGGGGGCCAGCGAGGGAGGCAGCCGGAGCCACCUGUCUCCGCCGAGGGCAGUGGACGAGUUGGCCAUGCUGAUGUCAGCUCUGGGGGUGUCCGAGCACAGUCCCGCCACUGUUAUUGGGUUUGGGAUUGGAGGAAUGCUUACAUGGUACCUGGCGCACUGCCACGGCGCUCUCGUACGACGAAUGGUGGUGGUGGGCGCGCCGCACCCCAACCUCUAUUGGCAGUUCCCACCCGCGCCCUUCUGCAAGGGCGCGUUACACUUUAUACAGUGGCCCCACUUCCCGGAGCGUUGGCUGGCGGAGAGCGGCGACGGCGACGGCGACGGGAGCCGCUGCACACGCGCGAGGGACUGGGUCGGCGCGCUACAUUAUGUUAGAGGUGCGGCGUGGUGGCGCGUGCGCACGGGGGCGCUGGUGGCGGCGCCGGCGCUGCUGGUGGGCGGCGAGGGCGGCGCGCCCGAGCUGGUGCGCUCGGCGCAGCACUGCGCGGCGCCCCCCCGGCUGCGGCUAGUCCCCCACGCGCGACCCGACGACCCGCAGCUGCCCAGGGUGCUCGCAGACUUCCUCACACCGGUGGAAAACUUUCCUCCGGCGGAGAAGGAGCCGGUCCGCGGCGGGCUGGUGGGCCGCAUGCUGAGCCGCGGCCGGGAGCUGACGGCGAGGCUGGCGCUCCCGGCGCAGGCCUAGCUACAGUCCGCAGGCUCCCCUACACUACACACUACACACUACACACACCGCACACGCCCGGGGGCUCGCAUUACCGGUGCAAGUUGUUGGGGGAGCUCCCACCCGAAUACACCAUCCGCUUGCCCGCGACUGAUCACGAUCGGACCCUAACGUAACGGCUCGACCUUAAACGACUUGUAUGCCCUUCAGAACAAACUAUUUACUAAUAGUUUAAUGAUUAAGAUUUAGGUAACCUUAACCUUUCUCUUUUGACGGUUGGAAAAAUCGCGACCGUUUUGUUUAUAUUUAAAAUUAGAUUAUGCAGCAGUCCAAUGCGAAAUCGUUCAUUUUCCUAGUUCCUAAUAUUGGAAUAUCUAUUAGGAUAUUGGCACCGAUAAGUGAAAUUUAUUUUUUGUGUGUGUACAUUGAUGAAUGUUUUAAUGAAUGUCGAAAUGAUAUGUGUAAUUGUGUAUGUUGCAAGAAAUAUAGAAAAUAAGAAAGGCAGCUUGAUAUUUCUAAUUAUAAAUAUUGAAUUAUUUAUCCGAGGAGGAAACCCGGCUUUACAUUGUUUAUUGUUAUGUUCAUUGCUCAUAGAUUAGUAAAUUGUCACAUUUCUGUAAGUAUUGCCAAAGAUCUUCCAUUACAAUAAUUAAUUCUAAAAUCAAAUAAUUUAUUUUUUUACUUUUAUACUGAAUGAAAAUAAAACACAAAAACUCGUGCAAA